AGCUGCUAUACGCGUAUCGCAGCUGUGGAGCUGUGAAUUGAGGCCCUGCCCGAUUGUCCCGCGUAUAGGUUUUUCAGCGGGUCCAUCCCGCGCGGGUCGGUGGCUGAUUGGACACGGAUUCGACAAGGCGAUACGCGUAUCCGGCCCUCUCCGCGGCCGGGGUCAUGACGGGCUGUGAACUGGCGACAGUAAAAAUGCGUGUGUGGCUGAGAUCCGACUUCUGGAGUCUGGACUGGUCCCAACUUGCGUCAACAGUGCUUUGAGCAUGGAUGCGACACGCGUCGGCAGGAUACGACCGCCAGGGCUGCGACUAAGGGGAGGUGGUCGUUCUGCUAUAUUUAAUCGUUUGCAUGUCCCUCCUUGAAUCAUCGCCGCUCCGUUCCAAGUCAACUCUUCUGCAGGUUCCAGUUCGAUCACAGCGACUUCAUCGACGGCGGUAGCCCUACCGGAGUCCCCCUCCCGCCGUGCCCGUCCUUCUUCGAAAACCCACGCGCACAAGACGAGUCGGUACCGAAACGCCAUGGACGACGACUCGAACGGCUAUCAAGAGUUCAAGCUGUACCGCUACACCCCGAGCACCGCGGCCAAUGUGAUCUUUAUCCUCCUCUUUGCCGCAACGGCAAUGGGCCAUAUAUUCCUCCUAGUGCGCAGGCGGACAUGGUACUUCAUCCCGUUCGUCAUCGGCUGUCUCUUUGAGGCGAUCGGAUACAUCGGACGGGUCAUGUCGGCGAAGGAAGCCCCGAAUUACACCCUGGGCCCGUACAUCAUGCAGACGCUACUCAUCCUGCUGGGACCGGCGCUGUUCGCAGCCUCCAUCUACAUGAUCCUCGGGCGCUUGAUCCGGCUGCUGGGCGCCGAGGAGUACGCCCUCGUACGCACGAGCUGGAUGACCAAGAUCUUCGUCACGGGCGACGUGCUGUCUUUUCUCGGGCAGAGUGCCGGCGGCGGACUCAUGGCCCAAGCCAAGACCGCCGACGACCAGCAGACAGGCGAGAACGUGAUCCUCGGCGGCCUGGGCAUCCAGAUCCUGUUCUUCGGCUUCUUCAUCGCCACGGCCAUCGUCUUCCACGCGCGCAUCGCGAAGAGGCCGACCGCGCAGUCCUACUCCGUCCCAGGGCCCUGGAAGACGCACAUCCUGGCGCUGUACGCCGGCAGCGUGCUGAUCCUGCGCCCUCAUGUGGCUCGUCACCGCCGUCUUUCUGUGGAGCCACCCGUCGCGCGUGCUGGUCGGGGGCAAGGACGAGGUGGUCGGCGUCGGCCUCGAGAGCGGGCUCGGGCGGCGGGGCGAGCGUCGCCGUGGCACCGCCGAGAGCUCCUACCAGAUGCUGGCGGUGCCGUUGCAGGAUGUUGGCGCGGUGAAGGCGGCGCCGUCGUCGCCCUAUGAUAGCGACCUGACCGCCGGGAGGGUGAAAGGGCCGAGGGAGUACUCUGGGCGGUAUGACGCCCCGCCGGCGAGGGGGCUUGAAUAUUCGAACUCGUACGGGCGGUGAGGAAUACAGGGGAUGCGGCGUGUAAGGGUCUCGGGGUCUGGACAGCGUUGACAUGCUGCGUGCGAGAGGGCAACGCGCUCAAUGAGGCUGUAUUGCUGGCGGAUUAUCCCUUGUUUCGGGUGCGUUAUAGACCACUAUUACUAGUUUAUAUGUGUAACACAGUACAUCUUGGUCUUUGGGAAGAAGAUCUCGCGUCAUAUGGCUGCUGGCGACGACUAGCUGAGCGGAAGGGAACUU